AUGCACGAGGUAAGGGCACUAUUGGACUCCGGUUCUCAAUCCAAUUUUAUAACAACGGAUUUGGCGGCAUUUUUAAAUUUAAAUAUAAAGGAACUAAGUGUGUCGGUCAUAGAUUUGAAUUGUGUUGUGUUAGACAAAAUAACUAAUGCUCUGCCAACAUUAUCAGUUGACAAGGAGAAACUUAAAAUUCCCUCCAACAUAGUUUUGGCAGACUCAUUUUUCAAUAUACCAUCAAAAAUAGAUAUUUUAAUUGGGGCUGAAGUUUUCUAUGAACUAUUGAGUUAUGGGCAAAUUAAAAUUGAAGAAAAUUUGCCAAUAUUACAAAAAACUUGUUUUGGAUGGAUCGUUUCUGGAAGAUUACCCUGCAGUAAUAAUAAUGAUAAUGAUGAGCAGGGUCAACAUCAAACAUUUUGUAACUUAUCAGUAACUGAGAAUCUUAGCCAACAAAUAGAAAGGUUCUGGAAACUUGAAGAGGUUCAGCCAACAAUGAUUUUAAAAAAGGAGGAAUUGGAGUGUGAAGAAUUAUUUGUGACAACAACAAAGCAUAAUAAAGAUGGAAGAUUUAUUGUGCAACUACCCACCAAAGGAAAUAUCAAGAAUAUUGGUUCCUCUCUAAAAAUGGCAGAAAAAAGAUUUUUAAAGUUGGAGAGAAAAUUAGGUGCAAAUCAGGCAUUGAAAAAUGAAUAUUCACAUUUUCUACAGGAAUAUGAAGAGCUGGGACAUAUGUCUAAACUCAAUGAAAAUGACAUAGUAAAUAAUGUGGAAUGUGUAUAUUACAUGCCUCACCAUGCGGUGGUAAAAGAAGACAGCACAACAACAAAAUUGCGCGUAGUGUUUGAUGCCAGUGCAAAAACAGAUAGAGGUAUCAGUUUAAAUGAAGAGCUGACGCAGAGAAAAUGUAUAGACAAGUUUGGAUCGAUCCUGCACAAAGAAAUCUACAACGAAUAG